GCGCCCCGCCCCUGGCAGCGGGCCGGGCCGUCCAUUCCGCAUCCGUCCAUCUGUCCGUGUGUCCGUGUCCGUCCGUCCAACCCGAGCGCGCGGCCGCGGCAAGUGCAGGGCGGGGCAGCCCCAGUGCGCGCCCCACUGCCCCGCCCAGGAGGCGGGACCAUGGGCUGGGGAGCCGGAGGGAGCUGCACCCCGCGCCCACCCAUCCGCCAACAGACGGCGCAGGAGACGCGCGUGAUCACUGUGGUCUUCCUCGGCCUCCUGCUGGACCUCCUGGCCUUCACUCUGCUCCUGCCCCUGCUGCCAGGGCUGCUGGAGAGCCACGGCCGUGCCCACGACCCCCUGUAUGGCUCGUGGCAGCGAGGCGUGGACUGGUUUGCCGCAGCGAUCAGGAUGCCAGCCGAGAAGAGGUACAACAGCGUCCUGUUCGGAGGUCUGAUUGGCUCGGUCUUCUCCUUCCUGCAGUUCCUCUUGGCACCACUCACGGGGGCGGUCUCGGACUGUCUGGGGAGGCGCCCGGUGAUGCUGCUAUCCCUGGCAGGUCUGGCCACCUCGUAUGCCGUGUGGGCUGCUUCGAGGAGCUUCGCAGCCUUCCUGGCCUCCAGGGUGAUUGGGGGCAUCAGCAAGGGGAACGUCAGCCUCUCCACGGCCAUCGUAGCUGACCUGGGCACACCUUCCGCCCGCAGCCGAGGCAUGGCAGUCAUCGGGGUGGCCUUCUCCCUGGGCUUCACCCUGGGCCCCAUGCUGGGUGCCUCCCUGCCCGCGGAGACGGUACCCUGGCUCGCCCUGCUCUUCGCUGCCUCCGACCUGCUGUUUAUUUUCUGCUUCCUGCCGGAGACCCUGCCCCCAGAGAAGCGGGCACCCUCCAUCACCCCCGGGUUCCGAGCCGCUGUGGAUCUGCUCAGCCCCCUGGCCCUGCUCCGUUUCUCGGCCGUGGCCCGCGGCCAGGACCCACCUGCUGGAGACAGACUUGGGAGCCUUCGCCGCCUGGGCCUGGUGUAUUUCCUCUACCUCUUCCUGUUCUCGGGCCUGGAGUACACCCUGAGCUUCCUUGCCCAUCAGCGCUUCCAGUUCAGCAGCCUGCAGCAGGGAAAGAUGUUUUUCUUCAUCGGCCUCACCAUGGCCACCGUGCAGGGUGCCUACGCGCGGAGGAUCAGCCCUGGCGGGGAGAUUGCAGCUGUGAAGCGGGCCAUCCUGCUGCUCGUGCCCGCCUUCCUCCUCAUCGGCUGGGGGCUCACGCUGCCUGUGCUGGGCUUGGGGUUGCUGCUGUACUCCUUCGGUGAGUGGGUCUUCCCAGGGCCAGGGCAGGAGCAGCAGGGAGCCGGGAGCCAGGAAUCCUGGGUCACAGCCCUCCCUGGUGUCUCCCACCAGCUGCCGCAGUCGUGGUGCCCUGCCUGUCCUCUGUGGUUGCCAACUUUGGCUCGCCCAGGCAGAAGGGCACGAUCAUGGGCACCCUGCGGAGCCUGGGCGCCCUGGCCAGGGCGGUGGGACCCAUGGUGGCUGCCUCAGUGUACUGGCUGGCGGGGGCCAGGGUCUGCUUCACCGUGUGCUCUGGCCUCUUCCUGCUCCCCCUCCUGCUCCUGUGGAAUCUGAGGCCUCCAGCCCACGCACUCAAGGCCGAGUAGCUGAGCCAGCCCCGCCCCGAGCUGGGGGAGAGGAGGCCUGGGCCGGGGACCCGCCCUCCCCCUGGGCCCAGCCCAGGACAGCCCAGGGCCUGCAGCCCCAGAGGGCCCGAGACACAGCCCCUCCCUAGGUAUGGACGGCCCUGUCAGGCUGGGGGCAGUGACUCCAAACCCUUCCAGGCUUUCUGUUGGCUUCUCUCUCAGUGACAGUGUCAGCCAGGCCUCUGAAUGACAAAAUAAAGCAGCUAUUUUAUA